AACUUGGUCGCUAUCUCCUUCAGUCCUCGUUACGACUUGGCUAAGCGCGCGAGUCCAGUCGUCUAUAUCGUAGUCGAAGUUCCCGCGACUGCGACGUCCGUCACUGGCAUUUGUGUAUACCCUCGGCCGCUCUUCCGGACGCGCCUCUGACCGCGAUUCCUUUUUUCUUUUAUUUCUUUCAAAUAGAAAGAAAAAAAAGUACAAGUAAAAAACGGACGGACAAAAAACUCGUCCUUGGUCCCGUCGAACGAAUUUCAGGCGGUUUUUCAAGCGUUUUAAACUGCACACCAACUCUCGAGCAUUGAGAGAGAAAACGGUCACGAAGAGUAUAAUGAAAAUAGAGUUCUCGCGCGCUGCUAUAACGCCCGAGUGCUGAAUGGGGAGUGUUGGGCAACGAAAUGCGCUUUAUUCGUAUGUGAGACACGUUAUUUUCUCCGAUUUGUUUCAUUAUUUUUUUUUAGUUUUUUUUAACUGAAAUAUUCAUGCGAGACUCGUAGUUCGUCGUAAAUUUUCCGAGAGCAACGCGACGCUGUGGGUCGCGCGUGUGCGUUUCUGUGUAUACGAAUACGAAUGCGCCAAUUUCUGCUUUGACCGUUCGCACUAUUUUCGAUAUUUCCAUUCGCCAAGUUUUAAUUCCAUCCGAGGCGUCAUGGCUAUGAUGUGGAAUCGCAAAGUGUUCAUCAGGAUAAUCGAAGUGCUCUUGUGCAUCGCGUGUGUGGUGGCUCUCCGCGUUACGGACGACGAGAGCCGAAGGGUGUUUCACUAUCUGCGGAAUCGUAGUCGGGACUGGUCGAUCCUGAACAACGUCACGUGGGGCUCGAUUGGGGCAGCCCUCGCGACUGCGACAUGCGGUGGUUAUAUCAUAAUAACGACUGGUCUUCUGAUCGCUGCUGUGACUGGGGAGCUCAGCGGACGGAUUACCGAACUUUUUCUUCUCGGAUUGGGAAUAAUUCUCUUCGGAAUCGUUGGCUCCCUGUCGCUCGCGUCGAUCGAGAGCGUGCCGAAUGAUUUGAUCGACAAUGCGGCUGUGCUCGGUGCUCUCUGUCUCCUCACAUGCUUCGCCUUCAUAGCAGAUCUGCUGAUGAGUACACCGAAGAACGUGAAAAAACACGACGGGUCUCGGACGUUUCUUGACAAGGAAACAGCUGCGAGAAAAAAGCCGACCUUGAGCAUCGAGCACGAGGCCAAAUCGAGGCCCGAGACCGAAGAAACCGGUGGACCGUCGGCGGAGGCGGCGAGAACGAAAAAACCGACGAACGGGACGAGUAACGCGGUUUUUGACGAUUCCGACGAGACGGGACGACGAACCGCGGUGUUCGAAGCGCAGCCUGAAAUCUCACGAACGAGCGACCAGCCGGAGGAACAUUUUGCAAAAGUUCAACGUCCAAGAGCGACCGAAGUACGCAACAAUGAGCGCCACCAAGACGAGAGACAGUCGCGCGAGUACGCCGCUCAAAAUUUCGAAAAUGUUCGAACCCUCAGAGACUCGAGACGCUACGCAGACCCCGAAAGAGACAACGUCAGAUAUUCCUCCUCACGAAACGAUUAUUAUCGGCACGAAAAAAUUUAUCGCGAUCAAAUGGACGACCAAGUCGAUACACCACGCUUCCCUGCCACGAGAGAUGGCAUGCCUGAACCAAUGUUCGCUAAAAUUGUCAAUCCUAGCGUCAAAAUAAUGAGGGUCGAACGCGAACCGGAAGACACGUACGACACGAGAAACUCGGAUUCGAGUCAAUACGAUAACGUGCCAACAAGAAUGGCUGGAAAUCCCGACGGAAUUUUGAAGAGACAUCGAGAUGCUUCGUUCAACGUAUCUUCUCCCUUAAGAACUUACGUUGCCAAAGAUGGAUCGAAUCACGACGAUAUUGAAAUGCUCGAAGAAUGGAUAAACGUUUUGAAAACGACAACCGGAACGCAGACCGGACCGUCAUCGCCGACCGACCCGGGGUACGUGAAACACACGGCGAACAACUGGCCAAAAGACCUUAAAUUGAAAACUCCGGGCUCUAGUCUAGAAACGAGAAAAUAGUGGGGUAACGAAAACUACAUUUGCAUCAUUGUCUUGUAUGUUAUGCAGAAUUAAUUUUCGAAUGUGAGAAAUAUUUCGUUGAAAAAUUGUCACCCUUCGAUAUGGGAGUGAACGAAUUUUCUUGAAGAAUAAAUAUUUUUUGUUGAAAAUUUUCUUGAGACUCGAAAAAUUUUGCAACGAUACACUAAAAUUUUUCUCACUUCUUCAAAGAGCCCAAAAACCCGUCGGGAACGCCAGCUUGAGGCAAAGACCCCUCAUUUCAUGGAUGGAAAAAAUUGAGAGUUGCUAUGGCUGAUCCACCGAACAAAAUAUCCCUGAGGCAUUCGCGAUGAAUUUUUGGUCUUUCCAAUAAAAACAUGACGAAAAUAAGGCUUUCAAAUUUGUAUUAUUUCAUUGGUAAAUGAAUCCGUUGAAAUUGAAUUUGUCGAGAAGUUCUACAAAUCGAGAACAUUCUUCGAUUUUGGUUACGAUAAAGUCAACAAAAUUUCAUCCGUCCACGUAUUUUUUUAUGUUAAUGAGAGUACACAAAAAAAACCAUCUUUUACAACAUUUAUACAUGUAAUUUUUAUUUUUUACUAUAUAUAAAAUAUCUAUAUAUAUAAAUAUCUAUAUAUAUAAAUAUAUAUAAACGUGAGUCUUGUCUCGUAUACGGAUGAAUAAAUCGUACACAAACUUUGAUAAAUGUUAAUCUUUCUGGUCGCAUAUGUAAUAACGUAAAAAAAAAUGGUCCUUACAAUA